CCCAGAUGCGCAAUGGAGUGCAUGAAUGCAAUAUCUUGCCUUCGCAUCGCAAUUAAUCCCGUUUCGGAUGUUCAUCCAGUGCGUCCCCCUCGCUGUUUCUGCGUGCGCACCUUUAGCUUAUCGUGAUAAUGCCUCAGGAUCCAAGAGAAGAUUUUGGGCUUUGACACCUUCACGAGAGAUUGUCGUCUCUCGAUCAUACGUCAAUGACGUCGUCUUCAAGUUCGAUCGUGAAACUCUGGGUUUGCGACUUUCAACGUGUCUCCACUUUAUCUUGCACCUCCGCGAUAAAUAGAGUCUUAGUGAUAUUGUAAUGACGUAUGGCGACACCAUAUUAGGUCGU